AUGAACAUACAUGUGAUGCAGACGUUCCAAUCUUUGUCCAUAGGUUCGCUUAUUGUCUGGGAGAGCUAUCGGGCACUUGGUACGAAUACGUCCAACAGAUCCAACAACUAUGAAGUUCGCAAGUUCAGGUUCAAGCACGUGGAUCAUGCUAGUACAGGCGGUAGGUACAAGUGCUCCAAGUGCGCAAAGUCGUAUCGAUGGAAGCAUCACCUUGUGGAGCACGUCAAGGCCUCCUGCGGCCAGAAGAAGGCGGAGUGCUGUCCGUAUUGUAGCUAUAAGAGCAAUCGCAAGUGGAAUCUGAAGUCGCACAUGAAGAGGAUCCACGCGAGCGAUCAUUUAUUUACGAGACUCGUUUACAAAGUAUGGCGAAACCGCGUAUAUUUAGACGCGAUUUGGAACAGAAAAACUUCCUAUUUGCGCAAAUGUCCAUUUUGCAAUAAAAAGAUUAAAAACCGACCGGUUCUAUAUCGACAUUUGAAGAGAUGCAAAGAGAAUUACUGGCUACCACCCGAAUUCAUGUGCGGAUAUUGCCUUUACCAAACAGGAUUGAAGAGCAAACUUGUUAAUCGUCUUCUUAAACAUACUGAUUACAAACGCAAAGUGUCUCAGCUUUUGCAGUUUUAUCGCUUAAAAUAUGAGUUUUCGUCUAAUGUACGUGCCGCGAACUAUCUGAAUUGCCAGAGGGUGACGUAUCCGUGCAAGAAUUGCGGCAAGGUCUAUAGCUACUACUCUAGUCUGGCCAGGCAUCUGAAGCACGAGUGCGGCGUGGAGCCCAAGUUCCACUGUCCCUUGUGUCCUUACAAGACGAAGCACAAGUCGAGCCUGAACACUCACCUGAAUGGCAGGCAUAUGAAGCUAUUGAGCGAUUUUUAUACUUUGCCCAAUGGCAACAAGACGUCUUCAACGGAUGGAAAUUAA